CUGGGCACCGUGCGGGCGUGCGGCGGCCGGCACUGGGCAGGCAGGCACGGAGGCAGCCAGCGUCCCCGCCACGACGCGGCGCUGAGGCUGGUCCGGCGGCCGCCGCCGCUCCGCUGCUGCGCUCCCGCCCGCGCCGCCCCCCAGCAGCCACACAAAGGCAGCCGCAGCUGGACGGCCGGGGACUUCUCUGACCCCAGGGGUUUGGCGCGGCGUUUCGGUUGGUCUUCUCCAUACUCAUGAACAUACAAAGGUCAACCCCUAUCACGAUAGCACGAUAUGGGAGACCUCGGAAUAAAACCCAGGAUUUUGAAGAGCUUUCGUCCAUACGGUCCAUCGAGCCAAGCCAGAGUUUUAGCCCGAAUCUAGGCUCUCCGAGCCCGCCGGAGACUCCGAACUUGUCGCAUUGCGUUUCUUGCAUCGGGAAAUACUUAUUGUUGGAGCCUCUCGAGGGAGACCACGUUUUCCGAGCCGUACAUCUGCACAGUGGCGAGGAGCUGGUUUGCAAGGUGUUUGAUAUUGGCUGCUACCAGGAGUUAUUAGCACCAUGUUUUUGUCUGCCUGCGCAUAAAAAUAUCAACCAAAUUACUGAAAUAAUUCUUGGGGAGACAAAAGCGUAUGUGUUCUUUGAAAGGAGCUAUGGGGACAUGCAUUCGUUUGUUCGUACCUGCAAGAAGCUCAAAGAGGAGGAGGCAGCCAAACUCUUUUAUCAAAUAGCUUCUGCUGUUGCACACUGCCAUGAUGGUGGACUGGUACUGCGAGAUCUCAAGCUGCGAAAGUUUAUUUUCAAGGAUGAAGAAAGGACUAGAGUGAAAUUGGAAAGCCUAGAAGAUGCUUAUAUUUUAAGAGGAAAUGAUGACUCUCUUUCUGAUAAGCAUGGAUGCCCAGCCUAUGUGAGUCCAGAGAUCUUGAACACAAAUGGCAGCUACUCUGGCAAAGCAGCGGACGUAUGGAGUCUAGGUGUCAUGCUUUAUACCAUGCUAGUUGGACGCUAUCCUUUCCAUGACAUUGAGCCUAGUUCCCUCUUCAGCAAGAUCCGUCGUGGGCAAUUUAACAUUCCAGAGACUCUGUCCCCCAAGGCAAAAUGCCUGAUACGUAGCAUACUGCGUCGGGAGCCAUCAGAACGGCUGACUUCACAGGAAAUUCUGGACCAUCCAUGGUUUUCUACAGAUUUUAAUGUAUCGAAUUCAGGAUAUGGUGCUAAGGAAGUAUCAGAUCAGCUGGUGCCUGAUGUCAACAUGGAAGAAGACUUGGACCCAUUCUUUAACUGAGCACAAAGACUAGUGUUCAGAAGGUACAUGACCUGGAGAUGGACACAUGAAGGAGCCCUUCCUGAUCGUGUUAAAUCACAUCCUGCAUCAGCCUAGCUUGGUAGCAAAAGACACUUGGAGAUCCUUGGAUUGAGAAGGAAUCUCCACAAGGAGCUAAUAUAACAAAUGUAGCAUGGGGACAGACUGGGGGGGAGAGGGAGGGGAGCUUGCUAUCAGGUUAGAUUGAUUUGGAGGAAAAAAAGGCAGCAUGGAGCAAUUGUAGCUUCUCACCUUUUUGGAGCCAAGGAGACUGCACAUGCCAAUUCUGGUGCAGUUGUAUCACUCCUGUUUCUAUUCCAUUAAAAAUAGUUGUAACUCGCAAGAAAUAGAAACUUCUUUGCCUCAACUCACAUCUUGGCAUCGCACUGUUAGAUAUCUAACUUCAGCCAUUAUUCAGGGAAAGUACAAUUGGCUAACAUUUUUUUAAUCGGAUGUCUAAUAAUUAAUGGGAUUAAUUUAAGAAAAAAAUUAGGUGCACAAAGACGGACAUGAAAAGUGGGUGCUAAAAACAAACAAAAUUUCAGUUCAUGUCUCUUGAUAGCUAUUUUCAACUCAUUUCUUCUAAAUAAACUACUUAAUAUUCUUGUCAGGAAAUGACAUUUUAAUGCUUUGUUCCCUUAAGGGGAAGUAACUGUCAUUUAACAAGCUGUUCUGUUUUGUGUCAAAUGGUUUGUUGCAGGAAGCUAUUAUAACUCGAACUUCCAGAUGCAUUACUGCUAUAAUAGAAAGAAAAGAAGAAAAUUAUAUAAUUUUUUUUUUUAAGAUAUGAGAUACUGGCUUCCAUAUCUGCCGUGCUGCACAUAUAUGACUAGAGAGGGCAGAAAGCCCUUAAUCAUGUCUUUAUCUGAGAACUGAUCUCUUCUUUAACUGACUUGCCCACAUGUAAAUAGAGGGCUC